ACACGAAAGAAAACCGAGAGUAGUCGCGCACACAUAACAAACUAGUCAUCUCUCUCCCCUAUAAAUCUCUCUCCCCAUCUCUCUCGAACAAGUCUCUCUCCAUCAUUACCCGCCGUCUCACUACACCUCUCUUUCAACGCUCCGCUUACCUACCCUCCUCUCCCAUUUCUCUCCAAUGUACACUUUGAAUCCUCCUCGAAACUCACUAAUUCUCUAGAGAAACACACAGAUUUUUAUAGAACGCCAAGAAAAUGUCUUUGAAGACUGUUCCCAUCUGGGUUUGUGCCAAUCAUUCCCCCCAGCAUUCUUUCUCUCAAUUGGGUGGCGUUUCUGAUUUGGUUGGGGCUAAACGGUGUCGUUUUGUUGGGUAUGCAAGAAUGGAGUGUUUUAGUGCCUUGUCAGCUCAAAGAGCCAAGACCCCUGUUGAAGAUGACAAGCCAUUGACUAAACCCCUCGACUCAAUUGAUGUCUCUCAGCUUUCGCAAUCUGUUGGCUUUCACAAGGACUUGAAUUCUCUUCCUAAACCACUCACUGCAACAGAUCUCACCUCUUCUCCUAAUGACGGUUCAAAAGUGCGGGUUGCAUAUCAAGGGGUGCCAGGUGCAUAUAGCGAGGCUGCUGCACUUAAAGCAUAUCCAAAGUGCGAGACUGUCCCGUGUGACCAGUUUGAAGCUGCAUUCAAGGCAGUUGAGCUUUGGUUAGUGGACAAAGCAGUGCUCCCUAUUGAGAAUUCUGUAGGUGGAAGCAUUCAUCGAAAUUAUGACUUGCUCCUUCGGCAUAGGCUACACAUAGUCGGGGAAGUGCAAUUAGUUGUUAACCAUUGUCUGUUAGGCUUGCCCGGGGUCAGGAAGGAGGAUCUAAAGCGUGUUCUAAGCCACCCUCAGGCGUUGGAUCAAUGCGAGAUGACAUUAAACAAAUUGGGUGUUGUCAGAGUCAGUUAUGAUGAUACCGCUGGUGCUGCUCAGGUUAUAGCUGCUGAUGGCAUACGAGAUACUGGAGCUGUUGCAAGUUCCCGAGCGGCAGAAAUAUAUGGGCUUGAUAUUCUUGCCGAAAGAAUGCAGGAUCAGUCUGAUAAUAUUACUCGUUUCCUGAUACUUGCCAGGGAACCUAUUAUCCCAGGAACUGAGAAACCCCACAAGACAAGCAUCGUCUUCACUCUUGAAGAAGGCCCUGGGAUAUUAUUCAAAGCCUUGGCAGUGUUUGCGCUAAGAGAAAUUAAUUUAUCAAAGAUCGAAAGUCGCCCCCAGAGAAAGCGUCCGCUACGAGUUGUGGAUGACAGUAACAAGGGGAGUGCCAAGUACUUUGACUAUCUCUUUUACAUCGACUUUGAAGCUUCUAUGGCGGAGCCUCGUGCUCAAUAUGCUUUGGGACAUCUGCAGGAGUUUGCGAAGUUUAUCCGGGUCCUUGGUUGCUAUCCAAUAGAUACAAUUCUAUAAAUGACUAAAUUACCGCAAUUCUUUCCCAAACUGCAAGAAAAGGUUGUAUGUAGUGUACAUUAGAUCCUCUGCUUCGUACAGCAAAUUACUGAAAGAUCUUGUCUUGGAUUUGGUGAAACCUCCGCAAUGUAGGGAUUUCUGCUUGCUGGAUUAUCUGGUUUUUGGGCCAUAUUCUUUUCGCCUUCAUUAUGGAGGUGCAUCUGUACUACAGAAGUUAGCAUAAACUGAGAACCAACAACUCUCGAGUCUAGUCCCUGUUUUAGAUUCGUAAUACAAUUCAUAAAAUGAUAUAUUCCCAAAGUUA